AUGAUAAAGGGCACACACUACACAGUUCAACGUACCUACUAUUCUUCCUUGAAGCACAACAGCAGCAUGCUGAUUGAGAUAGCAAGUUCUUCAUCUUCAGCAGCCUCAGCAGCAGCAGCAACUACAUUCUUAGUGCUGUGGAGAUAUUCGGCUCUCGAGAAUUUUGUCCAAAAUUCCUUAUUAAGGCUUAUCAAACAUAGAUUGUACUUAUCCACUUCAAUCAGCUCAACCAAGCAACCAAGCGCACAAUCAUGCAAAACUACUAAUCUUGGUCUUAAGACUCCGGGAACUCCCGGGCUGUUGACUGAAGACUUCAACUUGGCACGCUUCACUAGUUGCCCAUCCGCCAUAGCAAACACCACAGGGAAAAGACGGCCUGAGCAUGACGAGCUUCGCCGAAGUGACGGGGUACAAGGAACCAUGGAUCCCGAAUGGUAG